AUGUCCAGAAACUCCGAAUACAGCAAUCCCAUUCUGCCUCUUACGUCAGAUGAUAUUAUUGGCCAGCCUCGCCAUUUCAAUGAAACACACUCCGUUACUGGAUCUAUCGAGUCACAGAGUACGAUUCCUUCAGUGUCGACAUAUGCACAACGAUCAAGUCACCGUAGUCGAAUGAGAAAGAUACGAGAAAACUUUAAUCACAGGUUCACCGUUCCCAAAUAUUUCCGUCGAAUGAUGGUUUUCGGCUCGUUAGAUUUUGAGACUGCAUUUUGGGAGAUGAUGAAUUUGAUACAGAACCCUAAAAGAGUCUAUAAGGCCUUGUACUAUCAAAAACAAACCAAGAACAAAUGGGCCAGGGAUGAUCCCAGCUUUGUUCUCAUUCUAGGGUUUCUGUUGUCUAUAUCUGCAGUUUUCUGGGGGUUGAUGUACACCACUGGCAUUUUGGGAGUACUGAAGCUGAUUUUAUACAUGGUCAUUGUGGAUUUCCUCCUUUUCGGAUUGGUCAUUGCAACCAUCGGAUGGGUAUUGGCCAAUAAAUUUUUCGUGCAGCCAGAUGCAAGAAGUAUGUACGAUCCAAACAAUUCCAACUUCUUGAGCAAAUAUUUUGUCUUUGAUUCAAUCCUUGAAUGGUCCUACUGCUUUGAUAUCCAUUGUAAUGCAUAUUUAAUGAUCUGGUUAUGCCUCUAUUUUGUUCAGUUCUUUUGUUUGCCUUUGCUUAGAAUGAACAAUUUCUUAUCAACCUUGGUUGGUAAUACUCUCUACUUUUUUGCAUUAUCAUAUUACUUUCUCAUCACAUUUUACGGUUAUAAUGCCUUGCCAUUUUUGCAGAAAACUGAAUAUCUUCUUUCUCCAAUCAUUGGAUUUGUUGCUGCAUGGCUAGUGCUUUCCCUCUCUGGUUUCAACGUUGCAAACUAUAUGUGUAGCGCCUACUUCAGUUGA